AUGUCAUAAUUUUACCUACAAUUUCAAAUUUAAAAAUUAAACCGUUGUUGUACUGUGGUGUCUUUUUCAAAUUGGUGAAGUAAACAUUUUAAAACUUAACCAAAUUGAAAUCAAUCAUGACCGAAUUCCAAACGCCACAAAAGUCUAUCAAAUCUUUCGACAACGAUAAAAUAACUAUACCACCAUCACCGUUUUUAAAUAAACUUGGUUAUGGUACUGGGGUGUCCGUUCUGCAAUUAGUGAGGUCCCCGAGGGCAGGACUUAUCCGAUCACCGUGGGCUCUCAAAAUGUUGAACAAACGAGUUAAACCAAAUAAAGUAUACACAGAUCGACUGAAAACUGAGGCGGAACUGUUACAAAAAAUGUCCCACCUUAACAUAGUGGGUUUUAGGGCAUUUAGUAAAGGCAAGAUUCUAUACUUGGGCAUGGAAGCUUGUGAUUUAUCCUUGGGGGACUUGAUCGAAAAAAGAGUAGAUGAUGAUUGUACGCCCUUUUCACCAAGACAAAUGUUGCAGGUGGCUGUAGACAUCUCCAGUGCACUUGAAUAUCUUCAUACGAAGAUGCAAAUUUUACAUGGAGACAUGAAAUCUUACAACAUAUUAGUCAACGGUGAUUUUGUGAUAUGUAAACUUUGUGACUUUGGAGUGACACUUCCUCUCGACGAAAAUGGAAUAUUUGAUAAGGAAAAUGCUGGUGGAACUGUUUAUUAUGGUACAGAAGCAUGGAGCGCACCUGAAGUAAUUCACGGAGGGCAGAUCAGUGACAAAACUGACAUCUGGCCAUUUGGUCUCACUCUGUGGGAGAUGAUGUCACUAAUGCCACCUCACUCACAAAUUGAUGAGGACACCUUUGAUAUGAGCCUGGAUGAUCUUGACGAGAGUGGUUAUGAUUUCUCCGAUCGAUAUGGCAGUCGUCCAGACGUCCCCGCCAACAUAUCGGAAGUAGAAUACGCACAGCCGUUAACCCUGUUCUGCAGCUGUACUGAGAGCCGGCCGGCCGACCGCCCCCAGGCCGCGCAGCUCGCGGCGGCCGCCCGGGCCAUGGCAGCGGCAUUACUUCAUAACACAUCAUGUCAAUAGGUUUCUAUAAGGAAUUCACAUUAUCUUACCUGCUACAUCUAACAUGUAAUUUAGAAAUUUUGUGUAUUUGAACUCAUCGCGGCCUAAAGACAAUAGAGAGAGAGAGAGAGAGAAUACACUUUAUUGCACACCAAAACACAAUUUACAUUCAAAAAAACAAUCAAAAAACAGAUAAAUUUGUACAAUAGGCGGUCUUAUCGCUAAAAGCGAUCUCUUCCAGACAACCGUAUAAUUUAUAGAAAUUCUGGAAAAUAUAAAAAAAUAUAGCAGGUAUGUUGCGGUGUACUAUAGUUAAUACAUUAUAGAAAAUAUAUACAUAUAAUAACAAAAUAUAUACCGUUUACAUAUAAUAUGAAAUAUAUACUUAUUAUUAUAUACCAAUAUAUAUGCAUGCAAUAGGCAUGAUAUCUCCACAUAGUCUUCCAAUGUGAAGACGGAACCACUCCAUACUGACAGACCAGGGAUAAUUCAUCCAAAAAUAGAAAAUAACAUUUCAUUACAACUAUGGAAUACAAAUGUUUUACACCUUUCACCCCUUACGAGAACGAAUAUCAAAAACUCUUCCCAGUGACUGCGUAUAUUUUGUGUAUAUUGUGUGCUCUCUGAACGCUCAUCAAUUGGACAGUGUGGACGUAUAUAAUUGCCAGCCAAAUCGUGUUUCACAUAAUAUGUUACUUGGCAUUUGUCGUUUGGUUUUCAAGUGCCCCCCUGUCGUCCGCCUGGGUAAAUACAUAUUUUUAUUAACUUCAAUUAAUAUUAUGUUCGAGAGCAUUUACUUAAAAUUGACAAUGAUUUAUUUUUUAAUAAGUAUCUGAUGGGACCAAUAAAGUUUAUUUCAAACGUAAAUUUAACGUCGCUAGAGUUACAUCGGUGCUCCGGUGGGCUCCCGGCCGACGGAGGCGCCCGCACAGCCUGCUUGUAUUAUUUGUAAAAUAAAUGUUAUUUUAAGAUACAAUAAAACUAUUUUAUGUUCGAAAA